AUGGCCGAGGUAAGCUCCGCCGGCGCCCCCUCCGCCAUCCUCGACAUCGUACUCUCCGUCGCCCGCUCCCUCUGGUCCGUCCAGUGGGGCCGGCACCUCGCCGGCGUCGCGCGCCUCAUCGCCCUGCCGCUGUCCCUCAUCACCGUGCCGCUGUCCUGGGUCGCCUCGGCGAUUCUCGUCGUCUCUGCGCCGCUCCUCUACCUGCUCGGCUUGCUCGCCGCUUCCGCUCAGAGCACAUACUCUCUGCUCGCCAGUCUCAAACCUCUGUAUAGCUUCCUAUCUGCUGCCGCGGGCAUCGGCAUCGUGGCUGGUGUUGUCCUCGGCGCCACGUCGUCCGUCAUCACGUCCCACCUCGGUAUGCAGGACCGCGACGAGGGUCGCUACGAUCGCGACCGCGACCGCGACUCCAUUGACUACUACGACGAAGGCGAUGACGACGAGAGGGACUACCUGUACGAUAGCGACAACUACCAUCUCAGCCCGCCGUCCUACCAAAAACCCAGUGACCGCGAUGUCGGGCCGAAGCGGCGCGUGGCCCACGGUCUGCUCUCACAAACGAUUCACGAAGAAGACGAUUCAUCCGGCGGCUAA